UUUAUAAAUCACUUUGAAUUUAACGUAAAUUUGAAGGACUAGUUCUUUUUCUUCUAAUUUGUCAAAUUGAAAUAGUUUAUUCUUAUCCACAAGGAAAGAUCAUCCAGUUUUGUGUGUGACUAGAAAUGGACUAUUAUCUAUAUAUAUAUGCCCAAAAAAUAUUGUACUCCUCUUUUUAUUCCAAUAGUGAAAAGAAAAGAAAUUACAAAUGUAUAUUUUUUUCAAAAAAAAAAAAAUUACAAAUGUAUAUGUGAUUUUGACGUAAGUUGAAGACGGAAUGAAUAAACAUUGUUAUAUAUACACUAAACUUAAUAAUCUUUAUAUAUUCUUGAACUCGAACAUUUAAGAGUUUUUUUUUUUGGUGGCAAACAGAAAAGUUUUACGUUGAUAGUUCCAAAAUCCUCUGGUGACAACCCUUUAUGGCCGAAAGUGGGAAUAUUAGGUUUCAUAAAAGGGUUUCUCAUUUACAUUUUUUUAACAUUUCAUCCUUUUUUCUGUUGAUUGGAAAUAACUAACUUUAUCAUGAUGUAUCAAUUUCUAAAUAUAUAAUCUCUAUUUCUUAAGUAAUACACUAUAACUAGUUUUAUUUGUUUCUUGAACAGACAGACCAACGCUCCAUACUUUUCCGUUUUGGAUUGAUAAAGACUGUUGCAUGUGGAUCUCCAAGGCAUUGACAAAUUUAUUCUGUUUUACGUGUAAAAUAUUCUACAAUUUGCACUAGAGGACUAUUCUUUAUACAAUUUUAAUUUAAAAUAUUUGUUUGGGUUGCUUUUGUACACAUGGCAGAUCACAAAAAUAAUUCGACAAAGUUCUUUUAAUCUUUUCCAUUUCUCAUCAAAAAUAAUAUGCAUGUAUCACGUAAAUAAUUUCUUCAUAAAAAAGCAUUAUCAACUUCAAAAUAAAAGUUUUGUAAGAUUUUUCCUAAUAAAUAAACAUAAUUUUGAAUCAGUCAUUUGGUUGCGUACUGCCCCAGUGACCAUAUCUAGGCUGGUGGCUAGUGUCAACUAGACAACUCAGCCAACUACACCAGACAGAUCAACAAAGCUUUUGUGACCAAUAAUAUAAAAUCGUGUAAUAUUACACACUACUUGAUUAUCUCAAGAUCCAACGUUCAAAACAAUUCCGACCCCUGAGGUGACGAAGAGCCACUUUAAUAUUAAUUUUCAUUGUACGAAUAUUAUGUAAUCAUUUAUUCACCAUACACGUGAUUAUAUAUAUGUAAUAUACGCCGGCCCCAAAACUUCACUUUAAAAUAAAUAUUUGACGGAAUAUAUAAUUAAGUAACCCAUAAGUUCUAAGGUUAUAACCAAGUGGAUGUAGUCGGGUGGCGCAUAGCGUCCCAAAUGUUCUUAAAAGAUUUGGGUUCAAAUGCUGACUCAAAUUUAUUCAUCUAUCUAUGUAGCCAGACAACAAAAUCUAAUUCUUUUCACGAGCAACCGGAUUUGGCUGGUACCGGUGGUCAGGUCUUCAAAAAACCAGUCGGUUGUUUUUCAGUAUGCCGGAUACUCCCGGGUUAUCAGUAAAAAGUCUUAGGGCUAUACGAUGUUUAACAUAUAUUUUGGUCAUGGGUGGGGCCAUACAGAUGAACAUACACGUGGCGACUGUGAAAACCAUGUGAUCCAUUUGUAGAGUCCCUAUUUGACGAUGAUCUUGUUUUUAUUAGGGGACCACAAGUAUUUGAUCCAACUGGCUGGUCUCGUGUAUGGUACACGUAACUAGUCGUGGUUCAUGUGAGAUUUUGAUUUUUGCUUUUUAUUUUCUUUCGCCCGUGAUAGAGAUGAUGAAAUAACAUAAAGUCAUACACCAACUAUAACAAACAAAAGUUAUAUGUUCGAAGAAGACAUUAGUUUUAUAUAGGAAAGUGGAUAAAAUAGACAAUGUUUUGGUUUUAGUUUUAUAUAUGAUAUGAUGUGUUUGAUUAAGUUUGUUUUUCACUUUCAGCAGAAAAUAAGUUUUUUUUCUUCUCAUCAGCUGAUAUUUCUUCAAAAUAAAAAUGUUAAAUAAUAUUACAAAUUUUGAAAAAUUAUUAAACGAUUAAAAAUAUAAAGAAAAAUCGAUAAAAGACCAUGGAUAAUACUUUUUUUUUUGUAAAAAAACCAUGGAUAAUACUUGAAAUGAAACAAUUUUGAUCUCGUGAUUUUAAAGUCUUUAUCAUGAUAGUUUUGAAAAUUUGGGUGUUAAGAAAACUACAGACUGAGAUUAUCACAUAUCCGUUUGAGUAUAAAGUUUGACGAACAUAUUGGCCAUACAAUUAUUUUUUUAAUUUGGAGAAGAGAUGAUAAGAUUGUAAUGUUGAACACGGCGUCGACUCACCGCCUUUGGCCGACCAGCUACGUUACACUCUUGAGUCUUGCCAUGUUUGUGUUAUGCAAUUCCUCGACCUUGGGGAUGGGUUGAUAGUGACCGAGUUUUUUAAAAUAAAAAUUAUAUUAUUCUUCCACAAUUAAAUGAUUGAAAAAUUACGGCAUGAAAUGUAGUUUAGGAUUAGGUGGUUAAUCGAUCAUAAUCUGCAAGAGAGUGCCCAGUUAUUUUGUUCAUCAUUUCCUGUGUAUUUUUAAAAAUGUUUGGUUUCAACUACUUAUAAUAAUAAUAGUUACAUACAAUGAUAGUAAACCAGAUGGUACUGUUUUUUUUUUCUGAUCAUAUCCAAAUGGCAUCGCUAUCAAGUCAUUGCAUUCUAUCCCAAAAUAUUGCCAUGUUGAAUGAUUCAACAUGUUUUUCAUUAUCAUGUUUUAGUAAAACAAACUAAACCAAACGUUUAACCAUAUAAAAAAUCUAGUAAUUUUACAUUUUUAAUUUUAUAAUUGAUACAAAAAUUAAUGUUGGUUAACUAAUAAAUAAAAAUAUGUGUUAUUAUUAUUGUAAUAUAAUUAAUGAUGUGAUGUAUUGUUAGUGUAAUAUAAUUAAUAAAAUUGUUAAACUAAGUGAAGUAUAAAAAGACAAUUAAUGUAACUAUAUGGAUGAAAUUACUAAAAGUACACUAUAUUUUUUUAUACGGUCAUCCAUGUUUCCAAAUAGUUCUCAUUUAUAAUGCUAUCCAUGUUUCCUAACAAUACUAAAAUGUACUUCAGUUUUAAUAAUUUAGAUGAAAUGAUUCAAAAUAAAAACAAAUGUUAAACAAAAUACUUAAUGAAUCUCCUCUCAAGCGCUACUCUAUCCGACUUACCAACUACGAUUUGCAAAAUACCAAAAAUGGACACCUUCAAAAAUUUGGUUAUCCUAGAAAAAUUCACCUACUGAAUUCAAAAUAAUCACAAAACAAACACAUGCAUUUACAUGUUUCUACUUUAUAUUUUAAAUUCAACUAUAUUUACUUUGGUGUAACUAUUAGUUAUUUAUUAUAUUUUUGUUGAAUCGAUCAGUGAAAACUGCUUAUGCUAUUUCUCUUUAACCUUAGCAACUUCAAAACAAAGUAAUACACUAAUGUCAUUAAUCACUAUCAAAUGGAUCAAAAUAAUAAUAUUGAACUCAUUAGAGAAUAAAACAUACGAACCCUGCGCAACUUGUUCUUUUAUAUAGUUUGAAAUAGGCAUGACUUAAGGAUUGAGGUGGACCCUACUAUAAUUUAUUUUGCUAAAUAAUAUACAGUGUAAAAUAGUUAUAUUAACAAAAAUAUAUGAGUGCCGUGACAUUAUAAAUAUGAUAGAAAAGCAAAGAAAUAAUACUUUUAUGGGAUUAUACUUUACUAGUAUAGAUUCAGUUUGAAUGGGUACUCAAUCGGUUUUGGGUCGAACCGAUGCCCAUCAGAUAGAUAGACUAUGGCUGAAAUCAAACUGAACAUAUCUAUUUCGGAUCUGAUUCGGUUUUGGUUAAAUGUCGCAAGCCUAGUCAGAACCUCAUCCCGGGAUAUCCUAGGUCCAUCAAAAAAAAAUAUCAAUGGAACAUUCACACAUUUUAUAUUAGAGUUAUGUUUACUAAAACAAAUGUCGUCAACCUAAUAAACCCAAAAUUCGCCAUUUUAAUUUAUCUAACCAAUUUACUUAAUGCAUCUGCAUAGGUAAAAUCUAUAAACCCAUUGAACACGGAUAAGUGUUGGACAAGUCAACACCUUUCAAGUUUUAACUUUUAACCCAGCAAGUAAUUCAAUACUUCUGAAAAAAAAAUUCUGAAAUAUGGAGCAAACAAUACUAGGGGUGGGCACUUCAGAUAUUUUAUUGGUUCGAUUUGGGUUUGGUUCGGUUUGGUUAAUUCGGUUAUAGAUUUUUUUCAACUAAAAUAAACCAUAAUUAGUUUUGUUUGGAUCAGUUUUGAUUCGGUUUGUAUACGGUUUGGUUGUGGUUCGGUUUGGUUUAAUCGGAUUCCCUUAGUUUAGUUAUUUUAAGAGAAAUCAUGUUUUAAAACAUAAACGCAUGGUCAUGAAAUCAUCAUAUUGGUGCCUAUGAAAACAUAAACUAGGUAAACUAAAUCCAAUAUAAAACUGAAAUAAAAACAAAAAAAAACAAAAAUUCUUUUUAUAAAAACACAAUCAAAUCAAUGUUAACUAAAGUAAAUAAUUUUUUUUAAAAAAAAAUCGUUAAUAAUGCCUCUUAAAAAUAAACUUAUGUAAAAUAAAAUUAAUAUAAAACUGAAACGAUUUUUUUUUUAAAAACCUCAAUAAAGUUUAUAAGAACACGGUUUGAUUCGGGUUCGAUUCGGUUGAUUAGGUUGACGACAUAUGUUCGGUUGACAUUCACACAUUAAACCGAACUAUUUGAUAAUAAAAAUUCACCAAAGCCUUUUUAUUCCAACCGACAAUAAGAUCAUCUAUCUUAUUAAAGUAGAACUAUUUUAAGCUUUUGUUUGGCAACAUAGAUAUCUAUCAUCUUAUUAAAGUAGAAGUACUUUAAGCUUUUGUUUGGCAAUGUAGAUAGCAGUUAAAAAAUUUAUAGUGUUGUUUGAAAACAUGAGUAACAAUAUAUAAAAAAUAAUAAUGGGUUUAUGUUAUCAAGAAAAAUUAGAAAUUCAUUAUAUUAAGAAAACUAUAUAUAUGGGCCAGCUUUAAAAUAUACGAAAAAUGGAUGGCCCAAUCUAAUUAACUUAAAACAUCUUUGUCUAAAAUAAUCAUAAAACAAAAUUUAAAUUUUAUAUACAUAUUUCAAAUCAAAAUAUUAAUUUAAAAUUGAUUUAUAUCAAAAAAUGAUUCAAAAAUAUACAUAUAUUCAAACAUUGAUUUUACUAAAAUGUUUUUUAUAACCAUUGUAAAAAUGUUUUAAAUAUAUUUAAGAAAAAUACAAUACAAAGCAAUUUCAAAUACCAACGUAAAUUAUGAUUUUUAUAUUUCAUAUUAAGUGUUAAAAAUAUAAUAUAUAUGAUUAUUUAUAUGAUGGUUCAUAUAAAAUACUAUUACUUAUAUGAUGGUAGGUAAAAAACACGAUUAAUUAUAUGAUGACACAUAUAAGAUAUUUAAUAGUGACAUGAAAAAAUAAAUAGCAACAUAUUUUUGCAAUAUUAUAUCUUCUAUCUUAUUAAACUAGAAGUAUCUUGGGAAUGUUUGAAAAUAAGAAUAACAUAAUUAAAAAGAAAUAUAAUGUUGUUUUGAAAAUAUGGAUAGCAUUAUAUUAAAAAAAGAGCUUAUAUUAUUAAAACAAAUUGAAGUCCUUUAUAAAUUAUCUGUUUGGACAAAAUUUAAAAUAUACGAAAAUAACUCAAUCUAAUUACUUUUUUUGUGCAAUCGGUCCAAUCUAAUUAACUAAAAACAUAUUUUGUCUAAAUUAAUCAUUAAACAAAAUUCAAAACAAAAAAAAUGAUUCAAAAAUAUACAUGUAUUUAAAAAUUGAUUUUUACUAAUGUAUUUUCCAAUAACAAUUAUAAAAUGGUUUUCAAUAUAGUAUAUAAAAAAUACAAUACAAAGGAACUAAUAGAUUGAGUAAACCUUCUUUUUAAUUUUUUUUAUGGACCACCGAAAUAGAAUUAGAUUUACAAUACUAUAAAUAGCUAUAAUAUUUGGGUUACAAUAUCAAAUAAACAAUGAAAAAAAAAUAUAUGAAUGUAUUAGUAUUUCUUUAUUUGUAUUACAAAUACAAUAAUAGUCAAACAAUAAUAUAUAACGGGACCAUAAUUUUAAAAUUCCAACAAUUACCAAUUAGUUAUGAAUUAAUGUUCUUACAAAUUAAAGCAAACACCCGUGUCAAGAUCUAGUCUGGGUUUAUAGAAAACAAUCUUUAAUAUUAAUUGGGUCAAAAGCAAAAGUUAUCUUGGUAAUACAUUCUCAAAAGAGCAAAAUGCAUUAAAUUACAAUAAAUAAGAGAAUCCACAUAAUAUCAUUUUCUUCAUAUGUUUAGCAAAAAAUGUUAAUUAAAAGAUUUAUUUUUUUGGCAAAAUAUAUUUUAUUGUUUCAUGAAACUGUCAUUUUGUAAUUUCAUUGACAAGUUAUAAACAAAGUUCAGUUUUAGUUAACAUUCGCUUAACUUUAUUGCUUUAGUGUAUUGAUUUCAGACGACGUAACAAUUAUUUACUUUACAAUAUCGGAUUUGGGAAGCAAGAUGAUAUGAUUUUUUACUAGAUUCUGCAUGAACCUUAUAUGUAUUCAAUGUAUUUAAAAUAGUCACCAAACUGGGAAUAUAACAAAAGAAAAUAUAUGUUGGACUUUUAAGGUUUUAAUAUUUUAAGAUUUUUCAGAUUUUGAAAACUCAGAAGAACAAAAUGGAGACUGUAAGGAUGGUGAAGUUACCAUACUUUUUCAUAUUUUGUCUUCUCUUAAUCAUUAUCUGGUUAUUGUCUCAUCAUCCCUCAUGUUCCCCAUAUAUGAGUACCAUUCGAGGAACAGAAUUCUCGCACAUUCCACCUGAAUCUUCAGGCUUAUCGAGUUUACUAAAAGAAGCAGCUACAGAAGAUAAUACUGUGAUUAUUACCAUGGUAGAUCGAGAAUGGGCAAAACCAGCAUCUCUUCUUGAUCUGUUCCUUGAGAGUUUUCGGAUUGGAGAAAGAACCAAACACUUGCUGAAUCAUUUGAUUGUUGUGGCUCUAGAUAAUCAAGCUCUUCGAUAUUGUCGUCGUGCCCAUCCUCGUUGUUAUCUUCAUACAGGUUCUGGAAAGAAAAUUGGAUCUGUAAACCCAGAUGGUCUUAUUGCCGGUUGGAAUAAAAAGGCUUUGGUGAAAGAGAUUCUAGAACUCGGUUACAACAUGAUAUUUACUGAAGCUGAUGUGAUAUGGCUAAGGAACCCUCUAAUGCACUGCCAUCCACAUAAUUCAGUCUCAGUGGCUUGCGGGUUCUCAUCAAGUGAUCAACAACAUGUAACAGCAGAAAAUACAGGAGGUUUCUUCUAUGCCAAGUCUAAUGAAAUAACCAUAGACAUGUUCAAGAUCUUGAACGUAGAGAGAGUUUUGUAUCCUUCAACUGGAAACCAAUCCUUCUGCGACAUUGUCAAGCGGGAAGAUGUAAUUCGUGGGCUUAACAUGAAAGUAACGUACUUGGAUGACGAUAAUUUUGUGAGGUUUUGUCAACAAAAUAGGCAAAACCAAAGCAAGAUAACUACUGUUCAUGCAAGUUGUUAUGAUGAUACAAAGAGUAAGGUGCAGUACCUUAAGUUGCUUCUCCAAGACCGGAAAAUAUGACUCCGCGAUGGAGAAUUCAGAGGCAACGAAGAUUAUUUUCUUUAUACUUAAUAUAUCGAACAAUUUUUCUGUGUGAUAAGUAUGUGAAUUCAUUACUGGGUAAUGGACAAGGAAAUACAAUAAUUUGGAUCUUUUUUUUUUUAUCAACAAUAAUUUGGAUCUAAAUCUUGAUAAAAAGCAAAAAUUGUACCCCCAAACCCAAACGCAUAAAAAGUUCUAUAGGUACCCAACUUAAGUCUAUGCUUUGUAAACAUAGAGUCAAGACAUUAUACGGUUAUAAAUGAGGCAAUUAGGAAACUCCUGUUAGCUAAAAUACAUCAGCCAUUGGAUAAGAAUGUGCAAUACCAAAGCUUAAAGCGAAUUCAGCAAGGAAGUACGAUAAAGCAUCCAAAGACUGCUUCCUUCAGGAUACAUGCAGCACUGGAGGAGAAAAAAGCUUCUCAAAUUAGGCGAAAACAAAGGAAGGACACUAAAAUUAAAAGGCUCGACUUUGGACCAGCUCGGGCAUGUACUCUGUAACCCAGAAUCGACAACAAGAAUCGCCAGUGAAGAGAAAUCAGACCAUCAGAUCAACCCCAUGGCUUUCCUCUAGGCCUGGGCAUUUUACCCGAUUCCGAAAAACCUGAACCGAAAUAUGAACCAAAAUAGCAAAACACCCAUACCCAAACGGGUAAUAGUUUAGGAUAUAUUAGAUAUCCGAACCCGAACGGAUAUCCGAACAUAUGUCUGAUGACGUUCAUCCUCCUUAUAUACUUGUGUAUAUUGUUCAUGUCUCCUAUAUAUCCUCCACUACUGCUCAUUCAAUCACGAAUAUCUCGAUAUUCUCUUUACUUGCUUCCACGAAUGUCGCAACUGUCUGAAAUAUACAUUCGAUUGUGAAACAACUUUAUGAGAAAUCAAGUUCAGAAAGUUUCUACGGAAAACACUUGAAGAAUAAGUUUCAAAACUACGGAAAUGUACAUAAAGGCUAACAAGAUAGGAAAGGACAAGGGAAAAGAUACCGUGAGGCUCCCAUCGCCCUCAUAAACACCUCAAAUCGCCCACAUAGCCUCUAUCUCAUCACUCCAAUCGCCCACCUAGCUUCCAUUAGCUCCAAUCACCCACAUAGCCACAUAGCCUCUCUCUCUCUCUCAUCACUCCAAUCGCCCACAUAGCUUCCAUGAGCUCCAAUCACCCACAUAGCCUCUCUCUCAUCGCUCCAAUUGCCCACAUAGACUACUCUCAUCACACAACCUCUUCCAAUCGCUCACAUAGACUUUCUCUCAUCACUCCAAUUGCCCACAUAGCUUUCAUGAGCUCCGAUCUCCCACAUAGACUCUCUUUCAUCACACGAGCUCUUACAAUCGCCCACAUAGACUCUCUCUCAUCACACAAGCUCUUCCAAUUCCAAUCGCCCACAUAGACUAUCUCUCAUCACACAAGCUCUUCCAAUCUCCCAAAUAGAGUCUCUAUCAUGAUACAAGCUCUUCCAAUCGCCCACAUAAAGUCUCGCUCAUCACACAAACUCUUCCAAUCACCCACAUAGACUCUCUCUCUCUCUCUCUCUCUCUCUCUCUCUCUCUCUAUCACUCUUGAGUUCUCAAAUUGCCCACAUAGCUCACAUGGGCUAUUAUCGUUCUCAAAUGUCUUUCGUAUCGUCUCAGUCGGAGUCUCCGUUGAGAUUUUACGAUAAAAACUUUGUUUUUUCGUAAAAAACUCAACUUAAACGACAAAGACGAUACUGGCUAGCUUAACACCAUUAUAUCCUUGAAUAAAUGAAUUGACUCCGGCCAAUUCAUAAGAACAUCGACAUAGAAAAUGUGCAUCAAACUAAUCAACGUUUCUCUCCAAGAAAGUCGUAAAAACGCUCAAGUCAUAAAACGAUCUGAAAUAGCCUAACACGGUGAAAGCCCACUUAUGGUUUGAGAUUACAAUAGGCCCAUGUCGCAAUGACGGUCUACUCGAUUUCGUAGAGAAAAAUAGAACAAAAGGAUAAAUGUAAGCUAUCCGAAGAUAAAUAUGAAAAUGAAGGGGAUAAGGAAGGAGACGAAGGGAUGAUAUACUCGUAUCUUGAGAGGAUAAGGGAAGAGGGCCGACUUUGAGAGACUAUAUAUGCGAGAUCACGAGUUCUAGAGGCAGGAUCCGAAAAUUAGACCUUAGAAAAUUUAUGUUAGCUUUAGGAGAACUUAAGGCUUAGGCGGCUAGACUAGCGAGUUCUGUACUUAGAACGUUUACUGCUUUUUGUUCUUUUGUUCUCCAUUUUUAACGAAUUCAUGUUCAUCCUGUUUUCAGUGGAACUCUGUAAACUAUUCUUCUUAUUAAUCAAUAAUAUGCCUUUGUGCAAUUUCUUACGAUA